AAUUUAGUAAAGGGUUUUAUCCGCUUAUCGACUUCGGACAUCGCCUCCCUAGUUCUAUUAGUAAGGAAGCUGGGCGGCGGUGUGAGAAUUUGCGUCAAUUAUAGAGGUAUUAAUAAUAUAUCUUUGAAAAAUACAUACCUAUUACUAUUAAUUAAAGAGAUACUGGAUGCUAUUUGUAGGGUUAAAUAG